GAGAUGCGAAAGCCUCAACAUCUUUCCCUCAACGAAAGACGUCAUACGAAGCCGUGCAAAUUCUUUCAGAAGAACACCUGUCCUCUUUCGGCAGAUCAGUGCCAAUUCGCGCACGUGAGAGAAAACGCGACGACAAAGACAAUUGAAGCACCGACGCAGGUUCACAAUUACCAUCUUACUGGUGACUUUGGCGAGCGAGAUCGCUGUCGUUAUCAACACACUCGCCCCAGCUUCGAACAGAGAGCGACCAAGCCAGACAUGUAUCUCCAGACCGCGAUCGGCUCCCGCUUUAACAGUGUUGAUCCAGGGGAGCUUACACCAUAUCCACACCCCAUCCAUCCUCACACCCCGCUUCCCCGACGCCACACCCAUUUCCUGCCACCCACAUAUGUCUAUGCCCCCUACAUCCUACCUCAGGCGCAAGCGCCAUCGCACGCAUCCGUCUCAGCCUCUCGGAGAGAUUCUCUCCUAGAUAGCGAAAUCGACCUCGACCUCGACAUCCCCAGUCUCGGCAGCGCUUCUUCUCCUUCUGCAGAGUCCAGCUCCCUUACUGAUGGCGAUGCCGAUUUACUCAACACGCCACUCGACGAGAUGCAUGUGUAUCCUGGAUCACGACAGCUCGCUGGUCCGCCAAGAUAUGUGUGGGGUUCCCCGUGGUCGCCUAAUGGAACGUUCUUCGAUCCAGCGUCCCCUGGGAUAUAUGGGACGUACAUGCCCUACACGCCUAUGGUAUACGGUGGCUUUUACGGACCAAUGUCUGCAGUUCCUGGAUUGGACCCCCCGCACAUUGGACGGAAGGGCAAAGCUUACAAGACUAAGCUUUGCAAGUUUUACAAAAAGUGUGGCGAGUGCCCCAAGGGAGAGAAGUGCACGUUCAUUCACAGCCCUGCGACUGUACGACGAAGGCCGAUCAAUGCGGUGCCACCGUCUCCGAUGUCAUCAGGGCCAUCGCCGCUCUCGGAGAACUCCCCGCUCACUCCGGCUCAGAGCGAAUCUCUUCGCUUCAAGCUCCCGAAGAAGCCGUUGUCGGAUAUCGAUGAAAAGCACGCGAAGAAUAUCUUCCCUAUUACGUGGCGAGUGAUUGGAGGAGGCGUCAUGAUGGGUGGACAGAGAGAAAUUUGUCAACAGUUUAUGGAGGGCCAAUGUGCCGAAGGCGAUGAUUGCAGAUUCUUACAUCCUGACCAAGAUGAACUUCUGUCGCCCAUUCCUGAGGAGUACUAUCCAGCGGGGUUAUCAGAUAACAUCACGCCUAGGGUCGCAUCUUUCAAGGAAGAGCCAUACUUGACGUCACUACCGAAGGACAAACGUAGCAACCCUCUCUCGAUCGCUAUCCCCCUACCUCCUCACCAUCUUCCAGAUCUAUCUCCUUUGAUUAUUCCUGGCCGAGGGGAUAGCGAGGUCGAUCGGGUGGGUGCGGUCAUACGUGAUAUCGCACGGCCGCAUUCAACGCCGCCGAGGUUAUGGGCUCUCAGAUCGGCGACUCGGAUUCUCGAACCACAGAAUCUCUCUCUGGAGAGUCCUUUCCCUUGAGGAGCUCUGCCAAUACCUAGAUUGAUUCUUCUUUGCGUCGUCAUAUGGGGCCGGUGAUGUAUCACUGAUCUGCGUUGCCGUUGUGGACAUUUUGCUUCGAUUGGAUCGCUUGCUCUUUGUAUCUUUCGAAUAUCUUGGGCAAAGGACAAUGACAUAGUGUAUGCUACGAUACUUACCUUGCGCCUCUGGUAGUAUCAUGUCAUGGAUUGUAGAAAUAUUUUUUGUAUCUUAACUUUUGUAACUCUGCCGCCGGGUC